UUCUGGUACGUGUGGUCUCCGGGCAAUUAAGCGCGUGAGGCCACUGCAGUUGGGAGUCCCCCGGUUGGUGGUGUAUUGCGUUGUAGGCAGAUUUUGUUUCCUCCCCUGUCCCGGAAACAGUGCUGCUACUGGUGGGGGGCUGCCGGCAGGAGCUUAUGGCAGUUGGUGUGGAUCAAGAGAGUCGGUGGUGGAACGAAAAGGGAGAGUUUAGCGGGGCCUUUUCUGCUCGCCCGCUUCGCCUCGAUGUGGCCUCAACACAUUCGUAGCAGAAAUUAGUGUCGUGAUGGCUUGUGCUCCUGAAUUUAAAUAUGGAGGCCGCGGGGACAGAUGAAGUAGAGAAAAUAAAAACAAAGUUUAUGUCUGCAUGGAACAAUAUGAAAUAUAGCUGGGUGUUGAAAACAAAGACUUAUUUUAGCAGAAAUUCUCCCGUCUUUUUGCUAGGAAAAUGUUAUCAUUUCAAGACUGAUGAGCGAGAUGAAUUGUCACCAAAUGGGUCAAGCUAUAAUGUGGCAGAUGAAGUGGUUUCAAGAAAUGUUGAAGAGUUCCGUAAAGACUUUAUUUCUAGAAUAUGGCUGACGUACAGAGAAGAAUUUCCUCUGAUCAAGGGAUCAGCAUUAACAACCGACUGUGGCUGGGGUUGUACCCUGAGGACUGGUCAGAUGCUUCUAGCACAAGGGCUUAUUAUUCACUUUCUUAGUAGAGAUUGGACCUGGCAAGAUGCAUUUGUCAUUGAAAAUCCAGACACUGACUCAUGGACAAGUCACACAGUAAAAAAGUUCACGGCAUCACUGGAAGCAUCACUUCCAGGAGACAGGGAAUUCAAGAACCAGUCAAACCACCAUAAGCAAAUCCCAAAGGGAGAUUGGAGGAGCACAGAAAUGAGAGAGGAGUAUUAUCAUCGAAAAAUAAUAUCUUGGUUUGGUGAUUAUCCAGCUGCAAAUUUUGGCUUGCACCGGUUGAUAGAAUAUGGAAACAAGUCUGGAAAAAUAGCUGGAGAUUGGUAUGGGCCAGCUGUUGUAGCACAUCUUUUAAGAAAAGCUGUUGAAGAAGCAAGAGACCCCGAGUUAAAAGGAAUAAAUGUCUAUGUUGCUCAAGACUGUACAGUUUACAAGUCUGAUGUUGUUGAUAAUCAGUGCUCUUUCAUGGAUUCUGAAAAAUCGGAUGACAAAGCUGUGAUUAUAUUAAUUCCUGUGAGGCUUGGUGGUGAAAGGACCAACAUGGAAUACCUAGAGAUUGUGAAGGGAAUUUUGAGUCUUGAAUACUGCAUUGGUAUUAUUGGUGGCAAACCUAAGCAGUCAUACUACUUUGCUGGAUUUCAAGAUGACAGUUUGAUUUACAUGGAUCCUCAUUACUGCCAAUCUUUUGUAGAUGUCAGCGUAAAGGAUUUUCCCCUCGAGUCAUUCCACUGCCCUUCUCCAAAAAAGAUGUCUUUUAAAAAAAUGGAUCCUAGCUGUACAAUAGGGUUAUAUUGUCGAAAUGUGCAAGACUUUGAAAGAGUUUCCGAAGAAAUAACUAAGAUUCUGACGUCAUCUAAAGAGAAAUAUCCUUUGUUUACCUUUGUAAAUGGACAUUCUAGAGACUAUGACUUCAUGAUGAGUCCAGUCCGAGAAGAGAGAACUCUUUUCUCUGAGGAUGAAAACAAAAAAUUGAAAUGUUUUAGUACUGAAGACUUUGUCUUGCUUUGAGGACAUUUUGUUUGUUCAUUUAAAAUAUUUAUGCCCCGUCUUUCCAGGAUCUACAGGAAGACUAACAACAAUGUAAAAACAACAUAUAAAAUAUAAUUAAGCUUUGCUGAAGCAAACCUCAAUCCACAGCUAAGGCAGCAAUAAAGCAACAGAACUAUCAUCAUUUAAUAAUUAUCAGUUAUCCCAUAUGUGUGUUAGCUUGUUGCUUGAACCCCAGCAAUGAGAGGGGGCACAAAUAGCUGCCCCCCUUGGGAGAGAAUUUCACAGUCUAAUCUACUCUGCAUAGCCACCCAUUGGAUUUCAACUGACGGGACAUCGAGCCGAGCUUCUUAUGAUGAUCCAAGGCAGCCUUCCACCAUGCUGACAACCACCACCAUACCUCCCAGCAGUGAAUUCUAGUUUUUGGGGAUUCAUUGCAGGCCAACAUGAACCUUGUGGUUUACCAGUCUGGAUUGGCCAUGUGGAGAGGUGGAAGGGAGGAACAGGAGGGUCGAGGAGGUUCCUCCAAGCCCACUCCAGCUUAUUUCUCAGGCAGUAGCACAUGCAUCCUCAUGAAGGUUCACUUUAAUUCUUUUUAAACAUUUUUCAAAUGUUUAAAUUAUUUGGAUUUGUGUGUUACACACAAAUCCAGGGAUUCCCAGAUCAGCUCACAAUGGCAAUGAAAAACAAUUAAGUCGACAACAAGGAUUUUAACACAGCCAACAGUAUAACUGGUAAAAGCUGAGUUCAAAUCAAUAGAUCUGGAAAUGCCUGAGAUAAAAAAGAUGAUAUAUUUUGUGCCAGGCAAACCAUUCUAGGAAAGGAGUUCUAAAGCUGGGGUGAUAGCAGUUGAGGAAUGUGUGGAAAAUUUUGAAGACGGGUCAGUAUGACAAGAUAAAGAUGCUCUUGUAGGUCUGUGCAGACUUCCUGGUGAUGGGGUCAGUUGCCCAUGGUGAUCACUUUCAGCUACACGCUGUUUCAAGAGGCACUCCCAUGGGAAGGCUCCUAAAACUAGAUAAGCCUUACCUAAAUGUCAGAUCAUUACCUUUAUCCAAAUCUGUCUUGUAACAGAGAGGGACAUGUGCCAGUGUUGAGGUUCUGCUCCAUACAGCAAAGGAUAUGCAAAAUUGCUCUUAUCAUUUGCUUGGCACCAGAAACUCAGGAAGGUAUGCUGGUGUCCAAGACCCAUCCAGUACCAGGUGAGCUGAAUAGCUGUAGGCAACAGCUAUUACAAAAUCCUUAAGGAUUUUGUAGCCCAGCUUAGGAUAUUCCUUCCCAUCAUAGUGCACCCACAACCCUGUUUAUCCCAGAAGUACAUCUGGGAGUUUUUAAACAGGCCACUGUUAGUUUUGACAGGAUUUCUUAAAGCGGUGUGCUUCAGAUCACAUGAAGCCAUGGGCCACCACCUCAUUCUCAUGGACUAGGCCAGGCUUAAUGGCUUACCCUCAUCUUCCAGCAACUUGAAUGUGUCUGCCAAGCCAGCCACCAUUAAGUAAACCACCAGCUGCAAUGCCCACAGCUCCAUCGCCAUGGCAAGUCCAAAUAUUGGCAGCUUUCCAGGAGAAAGCUUGCUCUUUGACAAAUUGAACACAAUAUGUGUUGAUUUGCUACAUGUUUUUUAUUUGGGUUUGGUCUUAAAGCACCCUUUGAAACAUGUAGAACUAAUUAUUUUCUUUGAUAGUAGAUGAAUGUAAUGAACGUUGUGCUGUUAAAGUGGAGAUAUUAUUUGUUCUGAUCCAGACAUAGUAGAAUGAUGAUGGUGUGCUAGACUUCUAUUUUUAGAUGCUUUGGAGCCUCUACCAUUCCAGAUGCCAUAGUUUCUUGGCAAUGGUCUGAUUCUUCCAGUCCUUUGUUAACAUUUUAUUUAGGUUUAUCUCUCUCUUUCCUUCUGUUUUGGUGAUUCUGGGGUACCUUUGGUAAAGAGGUUUUCUGAGCAAUAUAGUGAUGCCUAAUUUCACAGGCCAUCACUCAGCUCACUUGAAGGUAACCAUAUACUUGAGGGUCGUAUGAAAUGGCUCAGUGAUAAUCUGUAUGGCAGGUUUGCAAUAUAGAGCCAAAUAUGUUAAGAACAAGUAAUUAGAAUGUCGUCUUGUCUGUAUCCUAAGUUUGAAUCUAGAACUAGUGAAUAAAAAUAUUAAGUGUUGCUAUGCCUGAGCCCCAACCUAAUGUAAUCAUAAAAGACCAUCCUCACAGUGUAUCUUACUCAGAGAUGUGUGUAUAUAUUUGUAAUAGUAAUACCGAUACAAUUAUGUAAGCUGAGGAGUGAGCUACAGUACUGCUUGCAAUAUGAUCUUAUGACUACUCAUUAAGCUUAUAGUUGAAUCUUAAUAGAAGGAAGUAAUACAGUAUUGGCUUUCCCCCAUAAUAUCAAAGGGCCUGUUACUAAUAUUCAGCUACAACCAGUCUUAGUAGUCAAAACCAGUUAUUAGAUGGGAGCUGUCUGUGUUUGUGUUCUGUCGCCAAAUAUAAUUUGGAUGCUUUUAUUCUUAAGAGUGCCAUUUCUAUAUCAAAGCAUAUCACUGCACGGUGAGGAGAUAACAGCAAAUAGAAAGGGAGGUGAUGUUUUGGUCAAUGAUAUUUCUAGCUACUGCACAUUUGUACAUACCAGGUUUAAUUUCAAUACAGCAGUUUUUAAAUCUCAGUGCACAUAAAUUGUGUUUGUGAGGUUUGGGGGUGGAAAACUUGCAUUAUUAAAUGUGAAAAUACUAAAUGCACAUACCUUCAUUUUAAAGAUGUAUUUUUUAAUUGCUGGGAUGACUUCAUUCCAUUGUCUAAAGCAGGGAUUCUCAAACUUGGGUCCUCAGGUGUUAUUGGACUUCAACUCCCAUAAUCCCCAACCAAAGGCCACUGCGCCUGGGGAUUAUGGGAGUUGAAGUCCAAUAACACCUGAGGACCCAAGUUUGAGAAUCCCUGGUCUAAAGAAACAAGCUAUAAUGCUUUGGUUAUUCCAUUGGUUGUGAAUCAUUAUUAACAUUCUGCUAUAUUAAUAUAUACCUACUUCUUAUUAGGCUGGCAAAAGGACAGUUUAUAGAGACUGCACAAAAAUUUACCAAGAAUAAGCUGUGAUGAACUAAAUUGAAGGUUUACAAAUAUGAUAGAUUUAUGUAACACUAAAUUGAGUGAAUUGCUUUUAAAAAUGAAUGUGGCCAAAACACUCCUAUCUCUUUUUAAACCAAUUUAUAAUUUACUCCAAAAGUAUGGCUGUCUCCUUUUUUUAAACUGAGAAACAGGAUUCAUACUGUGCCCAAAGUGUGUGAAGAUGCAAAUGUGAAGUUCCAACUUGUCUCUAAACUCACGGAAACACAGGAUUCUGUGUAGUUAACCAUAAGUAGUACAUAUCAUAUGUGUAUAGAUCUGAAUCUCUGCAACAUACUUUACUAUUCAUGGGCAAAGGCUAGUGCACAUGUUAUAAACACAUCAAAUGCAUAAAGGUUGAAUCAACCAUAUGUGACUCUAAUUUUGAUGUGUCAGACAUGGGCUUGAAUUCAAAGAACAGAGAAGGAGCAAAUGACUUCAUGCUGUUCUGUGAACUUUUGUGCAAGUAGUUGCAGGAAAAUUCUUGCAAUUCAGAACCACAAUAUAGCAGAGGUCUUACACUGUAGCAUGGCAAACAGUGAAUAAGUAGUAUAGACUAUAACAUACUGUAUGAACUCUAGUGGAUCAUAACAAAGUUUUGAAAAUAUGUGCAAAGUCUGUGUGUACAACAGUUUAUGUAAAGAGAAACUCUUCUGGGUUUCAGGUCAUUUUUCUUAAGUAACAUUCUUCUAAGUAAAACAAUUCUUUCUGGAA